AUGGCGGACGCGAAAGAAGAAAUCGCGAACAAAACCGUCUAUUUAGACUACAAUGCAACGACUCCACUCUCUCCUUCUGUACUUCAAAUUAUUAACGAAACACUACGUGAUGCUUGGGGAAAUCCUAGUAGCGCGCACGUUUCGGGAAAGAAAGCAAAAGAAGUCAUCAAUGUCGCCAGGAGUAGGGUUGCGAAAAUGGUUGGCGCCCGAGAAGGCGACAUUAUCUUCACUUCGGGCGGUACCGAAGCGAACAACACGGUAUUCUGGUCCGUUGUGAAACACUUUAAUAUGUUUUACAAAACAAAUGACAGUUCAAAACAGCUUCCUCACAUUAUUACCGCGAAUAUCGAGCAUGAUUCGGUAACAUUGGCGAUCGAGAAUUUCGUCAAAGAAGGUUGCUGUGAAAAAACCGUUGUGGGAGUGUCUUCGACAUCGGGCAUGGUGGAUGUCGAUAGGAUUAUUGAAGAAAUUAAACCGAAUACUUGUCUUGUAUCGAUAAUGAUGGCAAAUAAUGAAUCUGGCGUUAUACAGGUGUAUUAAAUUGUCGUUUUAAAAUCUCAACAUGAAUCGAAUAACAAUCUCGCAUGCGUCUCCGUUUGUCCAAUCUUCAUUUUCGUUCCUUCAUACGGUAUUAUGUAUGCAGAGUGACGUCAUAACGUUGAAUAUAAAAAAACAUAUUCAACGGAGUGACGUAAUAACGUUGAAUAUGAAAAAAUAAUAUUCAACGGAGUGACGUAAUAACGUUGAAUAUGAAAAAAUCACAUUCAACGAAGUGACGUAAUAACGUUGAAUAUGAAAAAAUCAUACUCAACGUUAUGACGUGAUGCAAUGAGAAUACGAAAAAGGAAAAGAACAUAAAACAUUAAACUCUUAUCUAAUUUUAUCUUUCAAUUUGGAGAACGAAAUUACACGACCUUAUUUCUCGUUUUCCAGAGAUCAAAAUGAAAUUCGCAGAACUUUAAGUUGGCAAAAAAAAUUCACCGAGUUUUGACGCCCCAUUUCUUGUUUUAUCCUAGCCAAUCAACGAAAUUGUUUCAAAGAUAAGAAAGUUGCAAUGCAGCAGAGAUGAGAGCGGUUAUCCGAAGAUUUUUGUCCACACCGAUGCCGCUCAAGCCAUUGGCAAAAUAAACGUCGAUGUCUCAGAACUGGGAAUAGACUACCUCACAAUUGUGGGUCAUAAGUUUUAUGGUCCUAGGAUAGGUAGGUCAAAAUAGACUGUUCUUUCUUUCUUUCUUUCUAAACAAGUACGUGGUCGUACUACUAUAUACUGGACCAGGAACUAGUUACCAAGUUCAUCCAUCGUUUUAGAAGUCGAAACUUUUGCACUGUUUCAAACCCUUAAAGACCAUGUAAAGUCCGUAAUGUAAACAAACGCUUUGUUUACAGUUUGAACUCAGUGCUACAGUUGUAAAAUAUGAUUAGGUAUAUAUUAUACUGAUUUUUUAACACUCUUCUGAUUCGCUAUGUUUGUAAAUGAAUACAGACUAGAGAAUCAAUUCAAGAAAGUUCAAAAGAUACGAAAUAUUGAUAACAUUCCAACGGUCGGUUCCAAGGCCCGACCAUUGGAAUGUAAGCCUGCGCAGAACGUAUGCACAGAACGGACUUUACAUGGUCUUUAAUGGCAAGGCAUUUUUUUAUAUGUUUAUGGUUUGUUAUGGCAAAUUGCAUUCUGCAUAUAUAGGUGCUUUGUUUGUGAAGUCUCCUGCGAAAGAUACCCCACUUCACCCACUGUUAUUUGGCGGGGGUCAAGAACGUGGUUUUCGUCCUGGCACGGAGAAUACUGGUAUGAUUGCGGGAUUAGGAGAGGCCGCGCAACUUGUUGUCGACAACUUGGAAACGUAUUCUAUGCACAUGAGAAAGGUAGGGUAGAUGAAGUUUUAUUCACAGGGCAGGUUUGCCAUAUGUGAGGUCAGUGAGCAAGGUUUAAUGUGGACACUCACUACUCGGCAUACAACAAUACACCUACAAGAACACAGACAAACCGAAAGGGGGCCCAAACCUUUGAGCCCCCCCCCCCCAACUAGAUAUCGCUCGGCACGUUCCUGUUUUCUUACUUUUCUUACUGUAGUUUUCUUCAACUUUCUCUCUUUCUUUAUCCACCGAUUCAUUCUGAUUCCUUCUCUUUCACUUUACUUCGCGUUUCCCGUCAAAUUUCACUUGUUAUAUAGCCUAUACGAAUAUUCUUGGAUUUUGAAUGACAUAAUUGAUAUAUUUUGCAAUUUGAAAAAACCAUAAUUCACAUUAUUGAGAAGAACAAUUUUUUACAAUCAGGUCCGAGAUCACUUGGAAAAACGACUUGUUGAAAGUUUUCCCAAUCAGAUUCAUUUCAACGGAAGAUUCGCCACAAGCGAAAGGAUACCGAAUACAUGUAAUUUUUCCAUCCUCGGACCAGAUCUCCAAGGAUUUCGUGUCUUGUCGCGCCUCAAGAGAACCCAGGUCAGUUUGGGUGCCGCCUGUCAUUCUGAUCAGCAGUUUGCGCCGUCUCGUAUCUUGCUCGCCAUGGGGAUUGGAAACGAGAUUGCGUGUAACGCAUUACGUGUGAGUGUCGGAAGAGAGACGAGUUUGAAUGAUAUUGACAUUGUCUUGGACGAUCUGCAGCAGGCUGUCAGCCAUCUGCAAAAUUCACAUGAUUAA